UUUCAGAAAACAAUUUAAUGUACAGUAGUCAUUACUCGAAUAGCCUUAAGAUGUGCCUACAACGAUUCCGUUUUUCCUUGCAAUUUUCAUUUUCAUCCUCUUCUGAGAGCUGUAGACAACAACAGAAAACUGAUGGAGGCCUCCUGUAAAAACCUCAAUGACAGCGAAGCAGCCCACAAGCCGAUGGUGUUCCCUGAUAGCAACCAACCACAAGCACACAUCAACACAGUGGGCAUUAAGGUUCAAGAGGCCACCAUCUCCACGGCAGCGCUGCAUACCCUCCAAUGAAACCACAGCACUCUGCACGCACUUGCAGGAAGGCAGCCGGCGGAGAUUAAAGGAAGGGAGAGAAGGGAGGAAGUCAGCUUAAAGAGGGUGAACCACAGACACUGCCAAGAAGUGAUGAAGAAGGAGUCAAGGUGCUCAGGCUGAGAAGAAAAAAAAGACACACAACCCUCGGAAAUGAAGAGAGAGUGUGAGAUUGUAGCACUGCAGGGGGGUCAUGUGGGAAGCCCCCGUUUUGAGAUGGUACACUGACUUGAAUGUGCAAGAUUUGCAGAAGCAAGACCACCCACCGACGAACGCUCACCUCCAGUAAAUUCACCGCCACCCUUGUUUUAAGGAAGACACUGAGCAGAGAGCAGAAAGAGGAAGCAGCAUGCUGUCGAGCAGCUCGGAUCUCGGCGUUUCUCUGUUUCGUGAAACCAAAUAAUGAUGUGCUUGGUGGAGCGUUUCUCACUCGGUCUGGCUACGACUGGAAGAUGAUUGUUCCCACCAUGAGGCCAAAUCAGAGCCGGACCGUCCUGCAUGUGUCUGUCUUGGCGGUGCUGCUUCUCGCCUUAAACGUUGACAGUGCAGACUCUGGAGAUGAAGAAUGUCUCCCAGAAAUUAAUGUUCGGCGCAACACAGUUCACAAGGCUUUAGCUGGACAAGAACUCAGGAUUAACUGCACAGUUGUUUUCUGCAACAGUUUAAAAACAGUUUCCUGGUAUAAAUUUGAGAAUACAUCUAUCUCAUUUGAUGUCACAAAUAUCAGUCACAUUAAAACAGAGUGGAAGACGUUAAAGGAGCUGGAAGGGAUAUCAUUUUUGAUCUUCCAAAAUAUUCUCAGAAGUGACUCGGGUCAGUAUCAGUGUCGCAGUGGAAGAGAGACGAGUCAUAUCAUCAGUGUUAUCGUCUAUGGUGAUGAUAAGACCACAAGUGUUCCACCAAAGGAUAGCACAACAGACAGCUUGAAACCUAAUGAUGACUUCCCAGAAAACUUACUGAUCUAUGUGUACUCGGCUGCUGGGAUUGCCACGUUUGUCAUCAUAGUGAUAAUUCUCACUGUCAUAUUAAUGCGAGGGUGCAAAGGAAAUUCACAGAAGAAAUCAGAGCAACAAACUGACAGUCAGUACGUGGCGAUCCCGAUGGCCCAGCAACCCUUCCCACAUGCAGGCCUCCAGCCUUCGCCGAGAGGAAGCCCCGCUGUGCCGCCGCCUCGGAGGUCUACCAGGAGAAAGAGGCCCACCGAGCCUCCAUCAGCCAGAGACGGUGCACAAGUUUGUGGGCAGGAGUCAGAGGACAGAGACAGACAGAGAAACACAGCCGAGGAGGAAAUCUCUUCUGUCGUAUAUGCUUCCCUCAACCACCAGCUGCCACCGAGGCCAGCUCCUCGAACACGGAGGCUGGUGGAUGAAAGUUCAGAAUAUGCAGCCAUCCGUGUGGCAUAAGGACCAGCUGGACUAAAUUACACUAGAAGAUGACUGAUUUAAACCUGGCUUACACCUGCUUCAGGAGGACAAAAACAAGGAGAUGCAAUCAUCGUCAAACUGUGAGGAGUGUGGAUACAGAAGACAUCAUUUCAUCUGCAUUUUUUAAAGAACUGCCCGUUUAUCAUGACCAACCAUCCAACGAAGUCCACCUGAGACCUCAACGAUUGUUCCUGUAAUGUAUGUACAUGCACAGCUGAUUAAGAUUUGUAAGAAUACAUGCACUCACACAACACUGCAUACUGCAUGCAACACUGUAAACAGCACAGACUAAUAAACACAUAGUUCACACGCAGGGUUUUUGGUGCUUCCAGGAAGAAGUUUAGCCCAGCCUCAAAGCAAAAUCACCUAAAUGAUAAAACCUGAGAACAAUGCCACUUUUGGUUAUUGGGGUUUCAUUUUCUCAAGCAUAUCCGUUCACAAAAUGUCCAGAAACAACAGGAAAGUGCAUAGAUGUCUGUCAGAAAGGGUAACAGAGUCACUGCUUUUACAGCCGCUGGACUGUCAUCUCCUUAAGGCCUGUUCUGAGCCAGGUCAAGCUGUGAACUUCCCUUAAUGUUAAGUAGCGUGUCACAACUGCUAAAAGAAGUGCACGCGGUUAUAAAUGUUUGAGCUAUCCCACAAGAGGUACGAGACAAGUGGCAAAAUUCAGACGCCCACUGUGCAUCCACAGCAAGUCUAAUCAAGCACAAAACACUGCAGUAGACAUGACACAGGUGUGUAGGGGUUUCAACACGUGUAAAUAUGGAGUAAGCAGGAAAUGACCAAAAAUAACGACCCAGACACAACAGAGGCAGACUAGCUUGAAUAUGUUGUUGAUUUGCUUACAUGCUAGAAUCAGUUCACCCUCGUCAGUGGCUUCUCAUGCGAAUACAUUCAAAUACAGCAAAAUAAAGAGGCUACAGUUAGCAUGUAGCAAGCAGCAGCUACAAAACAGCUAGCCACAUCGGUAGCUUGUAGCAACAAAAGUACUAGCUUAAUGAUAUUUUAUGAGGAUGUUAGCUGCUCAAUUGGAGCUGCAUCAAUCAGAUCAGCUUCAAUAUAAAAGCUGCCAAAAAGCAUUUUACAAGUUACAGGAGAAGUAUGCUGAUAUUUUCCCAUUUUGUGUCAUUGAUAAAUGCAAUGAAAACACAAAAACAACAAUGAUCUGUCUCGACUCACAAACACUGUCUGUGCUGUAAAGCCUCACAUCUCUCACUUCUCUGUGCAUUAGCGCUCCAGCAUUGCUACUAAACCAUUAAACACAUGUAAAUCAGGCAAGAUGAAAUGUGUCUUCAUUAGCAGGAACUUAAAUUUAUCCCACAUAUAAAAAUCCUGCUACCACAAAUGACCACGAGAGACCCAACAAAUCUGCUUUUUCCUCAUAUUUGAGUGAUGUUUGCUGCAAUAUAAAGGCUCCCCAGUUUUUCUAGGAAAUUUCCUUACUAUAGAUAAUGUAAUUGUUUAAUUGUGAGCAGUUUUGAGAGAUUUACAUCUUUGGGAAAGCAGUGAGAAAUGGAUAAACGCUUUCAUAUUUUUGCCUUUUCCUCUUAGACACAGAUGGGAAAGGAACUGAAAUCAAGCUACAGUCGUCACACUGGUAAUGAGACACCCUCUCUUACCAAACUAAAUGUAUUUUUAUGGAUUCUUCUGUUUUGCGAUGUUGAAUGUUUUGCUUUAUGAACUCAUAGGUUAAAACUGUGAUGUUGUACAUCCAUGACUUGAAUUUACUCUUCAGCAGCAUCACAUGUGGUGACUGUAAUGGUUUCAUCCUGCAUUCUGCCACUAUGAAAGAUUACUGAGCUUUCAUAAUUACUGAUUGUGAUUCUUUGAAAAAUCGAGAAUGUAAUUUAAUCAUUUUGUGCAAUUGAAUGACGUAAUAUACAUUUGUUUUAAAAUAAGAAUAUAAGAUGCCAUCACUGCU